UUUUCUCUUCAUUUUAUGUGUAAAUACUAAAAAUUAGAUCUUAUCCUAUAGAGAAAUACGUUCUUUCUUUCUUAAAAACCAAAAAAAAAAGAAAAAAAAAAUUGGCAUAACGAUGACGUUCAAUAGCAACCGUUACGGUGUUUUGGUGAUGCGUAGAAGUUGCAAUAAAAGGGAAAAACAUCAGUAUCAAAUUGGGUUUUAUAGAAAACGAUCGUGCAUAAUGUAUAUGGUUAAUGAUAUGGGUAUUCUAAAGUAAGAGUAAUCAGCAAUACAUGUCACAGAGUUGGAUCGCUAGAACAUGCUUGUCUGUUGUUUGUAUAAUUUUUGUUAAGUGACAAGUCAUGCCAGGAGAACCAUCAACUGCAACUGGAAAUAAAUCCAGUACUAAAGCAAAGAGAAUCUCUGUAGAGGAUCUCUAUAGAGGACCUCGUGUUCAAAGUAGUACUGACACAGAGCUACAGAGUCAGAGCGGUUCGACCCCGUUGCAACCUACGUUGCACUAUGUCAACUUUCGUUCCGAGUUAGAGGACACUUCCAUCCCGUCGGCUCUGCGAUGCCGUUUAUAUGAUCUCUUUCAACAGAUAGAAAAAGAAUUUGAAAUGUUGUACAAUGAAAAUCUCGGACUGCAGGAAAAGAUUGACAUCUUAAAUGACAGACUUGAAAGAGAGUGUUAUGGAUCAGGUGAACGAAGUUUACCUCCUAGAGAUCUCACAGAUUAUCCAGAAACAAAAAAUCUUUCUAAACAGAAAUCCAUGGGUGCAAACUCAGUGCAAAAGAUUAAGACUUCUCAUAAGUUGAAAGCGCAGACUAGCAAAAUAGUAUCAAGCUUCAAAAAUCCGUCUAUGUCUUGCACGAUGCAAAAAGAAUACGUGGGUCAUCGGGAUGGUGUGUGGGAAGUGUCCGUAGGCAGAUCAGGCCAGCCGAUUGUAGCGACUGCGUCUGCCGAUCACACAGCACGCAUAUGGGCGAUAGACAGCAGUCGAUGUUUACUGCAAUACAACGGUCAUAACGGAUCUGUGAAUUCAGUUCGUUUUCAUCCAAAUAGAGAGCUAGCGUUAACAGCGAGCGGCGACUGUUCUGCUCACGUAUGGCAGGCCGCUGUCGAUUGGGACAUACCGAAAAGAGUGUCGUCAUUGGAGGAACUUCCGACGGUUGGUUCCGAACGCUCCGCUACAAAUAAUCUGAUCGGUAAUAACGACGAGCAAGACGAUCCGCCGACAUUGAGAACGCCGAUACGUGAACUUUUGGGUCACACGAAUGUCGUAAUGGCUGCGGAUUGGCUUGCCGGUGCCGAACAAUUGGUUACAGCCUCUUGGGAUAGAACAGCGAACUUGUACGAUACGGAAACCGGAGAGAUAAUACAUACGCUAUGCGGACACGAUCAAGAAAUGACAUACGUGUCGACGCAUCACAUGCAACGAUUGUGCGUCACUUCUAGCAGAGAUAAUACAUUCCGAUUGUGGGAUUUUCGAGAACCGAUACACUCGGUUUCGGUGUUUCAAGGCCACACGGAAACAGUAACAUCGGCGGUUUUUACAAGAGAAGACAAAAUAGUGUCCAGCUCGGACGACAGGAGCGUAAAAGUGUGGGAGUUACGUAACAUACGCAGUCCGUUAGCAACAAUACGUGCGGAUAGCGCCGUUAAUAGAUUGUCAGUUUCUAGUACCGGGAUAGUGGCAAUACCGUAUGACAAUAGACAAAUACGUUUGUAUGAUUUGAGCGGUCAACGUCUGGCGAGAUUACCUAGAACUAGUAGACAGGGACAUCGCAGAAUGGUGUGUUCCGUAGCUUGGUUGGAAGACAACAGCAUCAAUUUAUUUUCCUGCGGUUUCGAUAGACUAGUAUUAGGCUGGAGCGUUCUUCCUAUUAAAGACGCUUGAGAAUUGCGUAACUC